UAAACUACGUCACCGUCGCAACAGGGAGACGGUCGGUUGGAGGAGUUUCGUCCGCUUGUCAUUCCCAAAGGAGGAAGAAGGUGUGUUAGAAACUUACCUGUCUAGUGUCACCUGUUACCUUUAAUGUUCGUCGUCGAAUUGAAUUUACAGUAGGACGUGUGUUAACACUGGAUUCGCUAAGGCGAAAAACAGAGAAGGUGUUGAAGGAUGCUAAGAAGAUCCUGACACGUGGCCCCGACAUGAGUGUGACGUCAUGGUUUCUGGUCAGCAGCUCGGGGACACGUCACAGGUUACCCCGGGAGAUGAUCUUUGUCGGCCGGGAUGAUUGUGAGCUGAUGCUGCAGUCCCGCAGUGUGGACAAACAGCAUGCUGUGAUCAACUAUGACCCAAACACAGAUGAGCACAUGGUGAAGGACCUGGGCAGUUUGAACGGGACAUUUGUGAACGACCUCAGGAUUCCAGACCAGACGUACAUCACCCUGAAGCUUUCGGAUGUCAUUCGCUUUGGCUACGAUGCUCAUGUGUACAUCCUGGAGAAGAGUCAACACAAGGUCCCAGAGGAAGCUCUGAAGCAUGAGAAGUACACCAGCCAAUUGCAGCUCAGUAUAAAAGCCCUAGAAGCCAAGUCGAAGGAAAAGCAGCAGCAGCAGCUCCAGAGCUCAGAGAAGAGCAAAGAUGCAGUUUCCAGUCUCAGACAACAGGAUAGGGCCGAGCGGAGAGCCCGGUCACUUACAGCUCCCACAGAUUCUCCCAUAUCCAAACCGACUCCUCUGUAUGGCCAGCCGUCCUGGUGGGGGGAGGAUGAAGACCCAGCCAACGCGAAGCAGAACCGAGAGCCUGCUAAAGAGGUCGGCCGCUCUCAGUCAGACAGUCACGCCAAGUCCACGCUCUCCUGCCGCCGAGAGCCCAGCUACUUCGAGAUCCCAACAGAAGAGUUCCAGCAGCAACCUACCAAGAAACAAGUGUCUCAGGUUCAUGAGGUUCCAACAAGGGACUCCUCGGACACCUCUCAGUCCAUCUCCUCGACCCCGACGCCACCUGUAGUCCAAAGCCACGCCUCCUUCACCAUUGAGUUUGACGACUGCACCCCGGGCAAAAUGAAGAUCAAAGACCACGUGACCAAGUUUGCUUUGCGCCAAACGCACAAGCAAGCUGCCACGGAGGCUGCUACUGCUCCUACAGAGGUGAUGUCAGCUGAGAGCAAAGUAGCUGAUUGGCUGGUCCAAAGCAACGCCAGCCUGCUGAGGAAGAUGUCUCAGGGUGAAAACUUGUAUAAAGCCGGCAGCCACUCGUCAGGCCUGAGAAUCACAGCCGAGAACUACAGCGAGAACGGCGCUCGCAGUGAUUCAGGGCAUCCUGCCAUCAAUGGAAAGGACUUUGUCCAAUCAGAAGCUCAGGAUGUUCCAUGGGUUUCUUCAAGAACCUCCCCAGACUCAGAGGAGCUUUUGUCUCAUUCACCACCAGAGUCCCAGUCCCUCUCCAGUCACAGCAAGUCUGAGCUUCAACAAACGUUUGUUAUCGAGUUUGAUGAUUCCAGAAAGAGACUCUCCCAGGUCUUCACCAGUACCACCCCCCCACCUGAGCCUACAGGCCAUCGGCUCCAGCUGGAGAACGCAAGCAAACCUUCAAGUCCCUCAGUGGAGAGACACGUCCUGCCUUCAUCCUCCAGCACUCCAUCCACCCAGAGAUACACCAUUCCUCUAAAAGACUCGUCUUCAUCAGGGUUUCAAAGAGCCGGCUCGCUCCGACGGGAAAAGACCGAAGACCGGAUCAGCACCAGCUUUUACUCCCGCUCCUCCUCCUCUGCGUCUUCAAGGCCCUUUAGCAGCGUCGGUCGGAAGUCCAAACUCUCACGGGAGUUCACUGCCGAGCUCCUCAAGCAGAAGCAGAAUUCUUCAUCCAGCUGGGAAAAAGACGCUUCCAGUUCUCCCAAAGCGGCUUUGAAAAGGGCAGAGAUGGUUUUCCAGUCCAAUAAGACCUCCGCAAGUCCUCCUCUAUCUGAGCGUCAUCACCAGCCUCAGACCUCCUCUCCAGUCGACCACCCCGUUCCUCUAAAGACGUCAACCACGUCCACUCUGAGUGUGGACGUCAAAGGCCCUAGGAAUGAAGACGAGGACGACCUGAGCGAUGCAGGAACCUACACCAUCGAAGCAGAUGUUCAGGAUAAAGAGCUGGAAGAGGCACGGAAAAAGAUCAACCAGGUGUUUGGUGUUGUUGAGAGCCCAGAGCCAAUCAACCAGAGCCAAGCAGAAACCUCGUCAGCUUUUAGGCCUGCUAUUGGUCAGGGCAGGGAGGAGGUUAGACAGGGUAGCUGUGGGGAGGUGAAGCCAGCUCCAGAGCAGGGACAGGUACAGGUUCAGCGAGCAGCUGCGUUGGCACCGGGGGCUCCUAAGUGGAUGUCGUGCUGGGCCAGCUUGGCAGACAGCUACAUGGAUUCUGGGCCUCCACCCGGCCUCUUUGACAUCCCCUCCCAGAUGGAACUGUCAGGAGGGGUGCGAGGCGCAGCCGACGUUCCCAAGACCGCACUCGGUCAACACCUCGACAGCUCGGAUGCCGAUGCUUCAAAGGCUCGGCGUAUUCUGCCACAGGUACCGCAGGGAGAGAAGAGUGACAUCCCAACUCCAAGCAUCUAUGUUCAUUAUAACCCCAAUUCAACGUUUGACGUGAAGGACGGCUGCUCCGCUGCCCUCGAGACUCAAGAUGGCGCUCAUAUGUUAACUGUGCAAGAUGAUGUGGAGCCCGACAGCCUGAGUGAUGCCAGCAAGUCAGAGGACGGAUCCAUCAUUGAGCACAGUAAGGGACAUCUUUCUGAUCCGGAGGACAAGCCCACACCGGCUGUCAAGGCAACAGCUUUCUACAUCGGCUCAGAGGAGCGGUCGAAACCACAACGCGGAGCCUUCAAGGCGACCACGCCCAAGGCUGAAAGAAAACUCGUAAACAAAACUUUUUCAACAGCCACUCUUACUAAACAAAAAGACAUUCAGGUCUCUGAUAUGGUCAAGUCCACCGCAUCAGAACCAAUUCUAGGCCAAAAUAUGCAGAGGUCAGAGGGCAAAGAGGCUGCGGCGCCAUCAUUAUUCAGGCAGGAGAGCUUCACUAAGGAUAGGCCGAGCAACGCCAGGCUGCCAAACAUCUCCAGUCUACCCGCUGAAAGAGACCCGGAACCUGGGUUCAUUCAGGGGGGCGGUCAGGACACCCAGUCCUACCUCAGACAGACGGAGGAUGUCCUGGCAGUUCUGACAGCCAGACUCCACCCAGAGGCCACACCGUCUCCCACACUGGACUCACCUUCUGGGGAUUCUGAUGUGGACACCUCCAGCACAGUCAGCCAUCACAGCAACAACACCAAAACAAACACACUGUUGAAAAAAACUGCUGCAGACGUCCGUCAAAGAGACACGUUUUCUAGUAACGUAGCUAGUCAGGACUCAAAUCACCGGCCUGAAAAGCCUCCUUCUUGUGGUUUAAGCAGGACGGAGGCUGUGAGGCGGACAGUAGGACUGAGACAUGGCGUAGGAAGAGCUGGAUCUGUAGACCUGAGCGAUGAGCCUCAGAGUUUACCUUACUCUGAUCAGGAGAGCAGCAGCAGCCAAACACACAGGAAGUACACCGUUCCUUUCCAGAAGGAAGAUGGCAAGACUCCCAGGAUGGCUCAGGCCUUGAGUCGGACCAGCAGCUUGUCAGCACCAAGACCCACCAGGGCCUCCAUGCUCCGCAAGGCUCGCCUGGGGGAGGCCUCAGACAACGAGGGGACAGAAACAGACAGGUUGUCCCAAGAGGCGAGCAACGCCCUUGUGAAGAAUCCUCAAGAACCCAAGAAACUCUCCAGACUGGAUAUGCUGGCCAUGCCUCGUAGGAGGACGAGCUCGUUUAACACACCCAGUGACACGGAGUCCUCUUCCACUCCGCAGUGGACAAGCAGGAGCGCAGGAUCUUCCAACCGCAACACAGAUGUAAGCAGCACCUCCAAUCAAAGGACCUCUACUGCUCCACCGACAAAACCUGCAGAACGGCCUCUGAAAGCAGCUCUCAGCAGACCAGCGGUGACUCGCUCGCGCUCAGUCGGCGCCAAGUAUGCCAGCAGCACAGCGAGCUCUAGGAGACGACAGAAAGGCUCUGACUAUACCUCUACCUCCGAUGAGGAGUACGACUCAAACUGGACCAAUUUUAAACACAAACGCUCCCAACCUUCCUCAGCUUCCCACAGCCCUCGCGGUCAGCCUCGGCCCCAGCCGGUGGUCGCGCGGCACCCGAAACCACGCAGCAGCAGAGAGUCCGACGAGGAGAACCGAGAGGGAGAGGCUUUCCACAGCUGGAGCGCGCACAGUGCUGAGAUCGCACGGUUGAGUCAGGAUUUGGCCAAAGACUUGGCCAUCUUAGCCAGAGAAAUCCAUGACGUAGCAGGUGACGGCGAUGCACAAACGCCGACUGGGGAGCACAGUGCUCCAACCGCUCAUGAGAAGGUACAUCAAGCUAAACAGGUUCCACAAAUCCCAGAGUCUGGAUCAGAACAAGUCCAACCAAAGAAGGAGCCUGAACAGAACUCCAGGAAGUUAGCUCAUACCAGAGAUGAGGUCACAGUUGGUAGUUUGAUGCUGAGUCCGGUGUAUGAGGUCACAGCGGGUAUCAGAGAAAGCACACAGCAACUGGCUGACAAGAUCAAGAUGUUGUUCCAGGACAGGAUGGAUGUUUGGGAAGAUACCGAAGCAAGGAUGAACUCCGAUGUUGAUGAUACUGUUGGCAAAUCUUCCAACAAGGAAAUUGUGUCCAUCUUAAAAGAGCUCAGAGGCAUUAAAAUGCAACUUGAGGUCAUUAAUGCGGUCAUGGGACCCAGUGACACGCCAGAAGCUGCAAAGACCUCAGCACCCGCUGUCUCCUCCUCCUCAUCUGACGCUCGCUUCUCCAGGACUCCACCUCGAGACUGGAGGACGGUCCACUCUGUCUUCAAACGUGGCGGUGGUCCGAGACCCAGUGAGAGCGUCAGAAGAGCUGCCGUGACCCCCGACGACCUUAGAGAGGGAUAUUUAGUCUGAGACGUCUCCACAUAGCAGGUGCUAUGACAGCAGGUGCUAGUUUCACAAGUGAAACGGGAUCGGGGAAGUGAAACGUGAAUUAUUAGCCUCGUGCUUGAAAACAAUCACUAUACCGUAGACACUACACACUCUGGUGCUGUGGGAAGCACCUAAAGCACAAUGAGGGGGAUGAUUUAAGGAAGUGCCUUGACAUUUCAGUAGAUCUCACCUUCACAGGACAAAAACUUGUACUUGAUUGUGAUUGUUCUUGCUGUUUGCCACUAAUUUAACCAGUUUAUAUAAUUUUAACACAUUUGUAAUAAUGAUACAGUUGAUUGAGAAACAGUGAAAUCAUCUCAGGAAGAUCAAACUUUCGAAAUGUAUUUAGUGUCAAAUUUGAACUUUGGGGUAAAAGCUUUGACAUCUUUUGUGUACUCGUCUCCUCGCCAAUCCCACUUCCUCUCCGUCUCCCAGGUUUGUGCCACUUUUCUGCACACCAGAUUUAUAGAAGUGUGUGGAAAACCAGUAGCAAUCUUUUGUAAACAGGAAUUUCAGAGGAGACUUUUUAAAGCUCCAGUGCCAAACCAGUGAAUGUUAUAUCACUAGAAGCUAAUUAGAUGUUUGUCCCGGUUACGCUCCCUUCCACGGGGGAGGGAUGCGGUUUGGUCCAGGCGGGAGUGGAGAUCCUUCAGGAAUGUGUCAUCUGAAUGGGAGGAGACGCUCAGCAAGUGGAUGGGAGAUGUUUUUAAGCAUUCCUGAUUUUUAUUUGAUUUUUUUGUGUGUGUGUCAAAAAUAAUCAAAGCAGAAGCUUAAAAGUUUGGGCAAUUAUAAACAUGUAAAGUAUUUAGAUGUGUGUUUUUCUAUCAUCUGCACACUAGAUGCUAUAAAGGAGUGUGUGAGGAGUCACAUGUUCACUUUUGUGGAGAGAAUCGAAUUUGUACAUUUAUAUUAGUAAAUAUUUUAAUGAUGUAAAUAUCAUAAAUGAUCUAUAUCUCCUGCAUAUUACCUCUCAGUGUUGCACUAAUGUACGACGUUUUCCCAUCGUCCUGGUGAAGGUUUUUCUUCCUCCCAGUAAAAAUUGUAAUAAUUCUAUGGAGGUAAAGUCGAGGCGGAAAGGGAAAUCAGCCAGGUGGUUUUGUGUGUUUAAUGGUAACGAGAAGAACCUAAAAGUGCCAUUAAGGUGUGUGUGUGCGUGUGUGUUAAAAUAUUUGUUUACAAAAUGAAUGUUAGCCUGUUUUUCCAAACAUGCUGCUGCUCCUAAUGGGAAAAUGUUUCCUGAUGCUGUUUCCAAGAGUUUCAAUCAGAGAAAGUGAGUUUUUUAUAUGUUCAGUUUCUUCCUCCUGUCUCCAUCCCAGAUGAUUUACUGGUUUGUUUUUAAUUCAUCGCGUGUGUAAAUGACGAGAUGAUUUUUUUUUUCAAAUAAAUUUGAUCAGCCAAA